UCAACAAGUUUGUCCCUGUCUGCUUACCGUCGAUAGGAGGUCACUGUCAGUGCGCAGUGAACUGAUAUUUUAACCUCAAAGUAAACACUCUGAGGCACAAACGCACUCAGGGACGACUGGAGAUUACAAACAGAAGAUCGUCAGUUGGUCCUGCUCGAGUUUAAACGCACAAAACGAGCGGGAAAGUUUGCGAGCUCGAGGUCGUUAGCCGUUAGCGUGUAGCACCGAGGCGAGCGGAGCAGCGAUGGAGUCGUGGGUGCGAUUCAGCGCUCAGAGUCAAGCCAAAGAGCGAGUUUUCAGGGCGGCCCAGUACGCCUGCACACUGCUGGGCUACACGCUGCAGAAAGGAGGCGCUACUGCAGAACUACUGAAAACAAUAAAGCAGCUCGAAACUCACCUGAGUCUCAGCAGAAAGUUGAUGCGGUUAGGGAACUCGGCAGAGGCUCUGGAAGCAGCUAAGCGUGCGAUCCAUUUAUCCGACUGCGUGCUGAGGCUGUGCAUCACUGUGGCCCAUUUAAACAGAGCCAUGUACUUUGCCUGUGAUAAUGUGCUGUGGGCUGGAAAAACAGGCCUGCUGCCUCAGCUCGACCAGAACAAAUGGAGCCAGAGAUCAUUCAGAUAUUACCUGUUCGCGCUCAUCCUAAACCUGACCCGGGAUGCGUAUGAGAUCCGGCUGCUGAUGGAGAGGGAAUCUCGCAGUAUUUCGGCUAAAGGCUCUCUAGCCAGCCCCUCUGCGCUCUCUCCCGGUCCAGAGAACGGAGAGUUUUCUCUCGGCCCAUCCACCCCUCCACUCCCCGCCCUCCCUGUGCUGACAGCCCGACUCCAGCGGCAGCUGCGCCUCCUGGUUUCGGUGCUCCGGAGUAACCCUCCGUUACUGCUUGACCUGCUGAAGAACAUGUGUGACGUUUUCAUCCCACUGGACAAACUGGGGCUGUACUCCACUGGCCCCGGAUUCGUAGGAGCCUGCGGCCUCGCUUCGUCCAUCCUGUCCAUCCUUACCAUCCUUUAUCCCUGGCUCAAACUCAAGCCCUGAGCAGCACGCACAUCUCUAAUGAAGCCCCACAGUUAUCCCACAAGCCACUGGGUCUGAAAGUGGAGCUGCUAUGGACUGAAAUGGGGUUGAUGGAGGAAAAGAAGCACAGUGGAGUUUGGCAAAAAAAAUCCUGGACAGAGAAAUCCCACAGGAAGUGAGGUGAUGAGGUCACAAGUGGUGGACAGGGCAAAAGGGGUGUGUGUUGGUUUCUGACUGAGGUUUUGUGUCUGUAAGAUCGCUCGCAUAUAUGCAUAUUAAGGCUGCACAAUAUAGCACACUAUCAUAUUUUUAUUAUAUUGCCAUACAUUGCAAUUGAUAUGCUUCAAAACACACAAGUGAUCAGUUUGAGGUGACAUGCCUGCAUUAUUUUGACAGAAAAUUUAUUUGUUUACCUAACUGGGUUCUUAAAAAAGACAUGCAAUUGUGAUAACAAUUAGGAGACACAAUAUUGUGGGGAUGCACCGAUUAUGAAUUUGUAUGGCUGUUUUAUAUAUAUAUAUUUUUAUUUGUAAACCCAAAGCUCGCGCUCUGUGAGCUAAAUUAACUCAAAAACCACACUUAAAACAAAUAACAAAAUUAUUUACUCUUUAAUCAGCAAAACUUUUACCAAUUUUAAAUGGUAAAUGAAAAGUAACAGAGUAAAUUGGCUGAUUACAGAUUCCGUGCAUUCCUAAUAUAUCGUGCAGCCCUAAUUAAUGCAUGUGUGGGUAUAUGUGCCUUUCAUACACAUAUGCAUUAAUGUUUGUCUUUCUGUGUGUGUCUGAGACCGUGUUUACACCUCGUCGUUUUGUGCGCCUUAAGUAACAGUGGGUGGUACAGCCAAAAAUGUGAAUCAUGGUAUAAUUAAAGUUUCUGACAGUUAAUGCUAAAAUAAACUUCUUGGGUAUUUUAGGCUGUCUGUAAGUUAACAGUGGUUUACAGUUCUGGGAUGUCCAUUUUUACCUGCCAAAGUAAAUCUGAAAUAUUUUUGUUGUGCAAAAUAGUAGAAAUAAAACUGGACAACAUGGAGAUAAGCGUAUGUCAAUAUUGCUUUGUAACACUAGCCGCAUAGGCCCAACAAAAAUUGGUGCUAAAUGUUUCUACAAUGCUGAAGUGGCUUCUUACUCAGCAGCUUUUUUGUUCUAAUUUUCUGUUCCACCUUUAAUGGACCAGCAGUUGCAUUCUAGCACCUGUACAGAUGACAGAAUGUAACUGCUGCACAAUUUAAGAUGAGACAGUGAUUUCGAAUAAGAAGCCAACUUCACCUUCCUCAAGUAUUUCAAGUCAUUUAUCUCAUACAUGCGAUCCAUACACUCGCUCCCCCUGACCGCCAGACACUGCUGGAGGCGGUACGAGAGGCAGUUGUACUGGUGUCAAUGUUGGGCUAAGGCCCAAAAAAACAGCCGUUCUUUUACAUCUGCUGCCUUGAAAAAUGCAUGAAUUCAGUUAAAGCAGAUUAGACAGUGGGAAGUGAUCAAGAGUCUGAUGCAUUUUCAUUUGAAAUGUGACUGAAACAUCUCUGACUAAGACACUCAGCUAAACGGGAUAACAUUAGUGCUAUUUCUAGGUUGCGUUAUCUGCGUUUAUUUGUAUAACGGUCAUGACAAAACUCAUACCUGAGGAAGCAUUUCAACCGCUGUACCGCCCACUACUAGUCUUGAGUAUCAGGAUUAUAUCUAGAGAUUAUCUACAUAAAAGUGUGAGUGUAAACACACCCAAGAUGCGUUUAAAACGGACUUAAACCUCUUUCAGGAGGUGGUCUGAGACAUUUAGCCAGACAUUAUUUACGUAAGAGCAUCUCUACAAGCCACAUUCGACCAAUUCAAUACUGUGACUCCAAAACUGCAUGAAAUAAAAUAUCUGUUGGGAUACAUUUAAAAGAAAAGGAUGUUUGUUUAGUAAAGACAGUCAUUCCAUAUAGAACCAUGAACACUCCGACCCAUUUGCGUACAUAAAAAGAUCUUUGCAUGGUAAAAAGCUUCUUCAGAUUGGAGAAUGUUGUAUGUGGUUCUGUAUAGCAUCAAAAAAAAGUUGGUACCAGGUAUAAAUGCGUGUGAUUAAAGUCUGAUCAGGUCACAAACGACCAGGUGUGAACGAGCUCUGUGUGUUUGUUUGUGUGUUUUACAUGCGUGUGUUCAUGAAUAUGUGAGUAACGCUCCCUGAGAUCUCUUUGUAGACAGCUUUGUCCUCUGUUGCGUUUUCUAUCACAGUGUUUGAGGAUAUCGACAGUUUGUCCAGACUACACUUUCGCCUCUAAACCUCAAAAAGACUAAAACCUCUCAGAUUUAAUCAAUUCUGUAUCACAGUGGGACUCGGAGUGUAAUUAAAGUCCUUCCAUGUAAUGAUGGACCUCCAGUACACUUAAGGGAUUUUAGCAUGUGUGCAACACAAGCUUAAUAGUACUAAAGCCACGCCAUGUGCUAUUGAAAUUUAGGUUUAAGUGUAGGCUAAGCUGCUGCAUUUUAAUGUGAAUGAACCUUUACUGUCACCUAAAAGGACAAAACGAUAUUCUAUGACUGUUUUUCAAUAAUUUUGAUAGCUAACAGUGGUAGGUUAAUCAAUGUUCAAGUUAUUAACCAUAAUUGGGAGUUUGCUGCCUCAGUAAAUUUCUAAAUUACUCAAAAUAUCUGGUUAAUUUAACAGUGAAAGAUGUGAACAAAGUCAUUCAGAGUGGUUUGGUGUGAAAUGCUCUGUUGUAGACAAACUCAUUAAGUCAGAAUUGUUCACAGUGGUGGUGAUAGGAACCAGACGUCCACCUCUAAAAGCUCCCUCACAGAAAGUUACUACAUGAAAUGGUUAUCGGUAUGCUGCCUGAGACAUUGUUUUAUGAUUUUCAUGCAUGGUGUUCUAAUAUGAAAUAGUUCCCAAAGAAAACAAUUUCAGUCAAUUUUUUCCAGAUUUAUGACUGUUUCACCAUCAUCAUUAAAUAUAAACUCAGAAGACUCGUGUAGGUUCACUGGUGGUUUUGGAUAGUAAGUAAAAUGUCUAUAUUUGUGUGACCCCUGGUUUCUAUCACCACCAGUGUAAAGACAUCAGAGUCUCUAUAAUCAACCAUUUCACACUAAACCACUCUGAAUGACUCUGUUUACAUCUCAAAUGCUGAGUUAUGUAGAAAUUACUCUGUAAUAAAAAAAAACAUUCAUUUUAAAAUGGUUAUUGCAGAGUUCAGAUGUAUUUAAUUGUCUUUUAUUGUAAUUAAUGUUUUUUGUACAAAACAUACGGUUAAAUUGACAGAUCUAAUGUUAUUUUGCUUUCUGUUUAGGUUGUAAAUGUUUAGGUGAUGGACCAUCAGUCUGCUUUUAGUUCAGCUACAUCUAACUGAACACAGGAACGGAAAAUUUGCAAGCUAUCAUAUUUUGAAUAUUUGAAUUUGUGCAUUUAUUUGAUUGCGUAAAAGCAAAGAAUGUGUUAUUUUCCAAUAGUUGUCUGUUGAACUAAAAUGUCUGCUGAUGUUUGGUCUUUUUUUCAGGUGGGCGGAUUAUCUUUAUUCUGUAAAAUAUAAACACAUCAGUGAAGCUGUACAAAGAUUCUGCUUUUGUAAAACAGUAAAUCUUUAUCAUCUAACCUUUA